GAUGAUGACAAACAAGCGUUUAGCGACAGUUGCAGUAGCCGCAAUGAUAACAAUCUUUUCCCUGCAAUCUGCUCAAGCAUAUCCGUUGGAGGAGAAAAUAAGUAACCUGCAAUUCUAUUUCCAUGACAGAAUAUCAGGAAACAAUGUGACGGCCGUGAACGUGGCGUCUGCUCCUACGACUAACAUAUCGGCAACUGGUUUUGGACUGGUAUAUGUGAUGGACGAUCCAUUGACGGAAGGGCCUGAGCCCACCUCCAAAUUGGUGGGCAAAGCUCAGGGUUUGUACGCCUCCGCCAGCCAAGAGGAAGUUCACCUUCUAAUGGCGGUCACCUAUGUUUUUCAGGACGGGGAGUUUAAUGGCAGUACGCUUGCUGUGGUGGGCAACAAUGCCGUGUUUAACGAGGUUAGAGAGAUGGCGAUUGUGGGAGGAAGUGGGAAAUUCAGGCUGGCUCGAGGGUAUGCUCUCGCCCAAACUCACUCCUUCGAUAGCCAAUCAGGCAAUGCAAUCGUUCAUUACAAUGUCACCGUACUUCAUUACUGAUUGUGCGCCAACACGGUUUGCCCUAAUUUUUCUUCUCCUUGUUUAGAAUUUUAAGUUAAUAAAUAUUUCUAUUUGACAUCUCCCAUUUAAGUAAGGUGGUUGUAACACCAUUUGGUGGUGUAUCUUCCAUCAUGGGAUUGAUACAAAUAAUCACACGGAGGUUCAUGUUGUCUUAGUAGUUAUGGAGAAAGCUUGUGAAUCGGAUUGAAAAAAGGUUAUUUGUGAGAUGGAUUAUAUGGUUUUGG